AUGUCGCAGAGAGUGAGGAAACACUCAGGAUUGCAGAAGCAAGUGUUGAGUCUGUACCGCCAAUUCAUGAUGAGCGCGUACAAGCGACCCGAGGGGCCAGGCCGCGAUUCGCUGUUGGGGCGGGUGCGCGAUGAAUUCAAAGAGGGAGCCAAGAUGUCCCGAUUCGAGGUCGAUGCCAUCGAACGCCGACUCGGCAUGGCGCGCAAGCAGCUCAAAAUGCUGAAUCUGCCCGGCACCGAGACCGUGCAGAGAAUAGGGCCUUAG